CGCGCAGGUGGCAGGACCGCAGGCGAGGCCCAGGGCUCCCAGGACCCCGCGGGGGAAGCGGGCCUCCCAGGCCUCUGCUCAGGAGAGUCCCGCCCAGUCCUCCCCUCGCCCUCGGUCACUCGGGGUUCCAGAUGGUGAAUUCGGGUCCAGGCUAGAGACCCUUGGAGAAGACUGCUGUCCCUAACCCCGGCAGUACUCUGGGAGCGGUGUGGAUGACGUUUCCUUGUUCUGGACACUGUCAGCUCAGAACAGAAACUUCAAAAAGGACACACUAGAAUUAAUUAGAAAUGUUAAGAUUGCCCAAAAAAGGAGCACCUAGAUUUGAUCAAAAUCAAGAUGAAGAAACUUACCUGGAAAAUUUAGCUGUACAGAGAAAUGCUUCUGCUUUUUUUGAAAAAUAUGAUCGGACUGAAGUACAAGAGUUGCUAACUACUGCACCAGUUAGCUGGUUGUCUGCCAAAGAAGAUGUUCGCUCUCAACUAGACAUGCCGUGUGGAAUUAUGAGUCAAAUGAAUAACGUAGGCUUCUCCACUGCAAUCCUACUGACUCCUGCGGACCCUACUGCCCUCUUAGACUAUAGAGAAGUCCAUCAGAUCAUAAGAGAAUUGGCUGUUGGAAUUUAUUGCUUAAAUCAAAUUCCUUCAAUCAGUUUAGAAGCUAAUUACGAUCAGAGUUCUUCUUGUCAAUUACCCCCAGCUUAUUUUGAUACCAGAAUUGGGCAAAUUCUGAUCAAUAUUGACUAUAUGUUGAAAGCACUAUGGCAUGGAAUAUAUAUGCCCAAAGAAAAACGAGCUAGAUUUUCUGAAUUGUGGCGUACCAUCAUGGACAUUAAUCCAGAUGGGAAGCCUCAAACAAACAGAGAUAUAUUUGCAGAGUUUAGUUCAGCAGGUUUGAUUGAUAUUACAAAGGAUCCAGACUUCGAUGGAAUCUAUGAUGAAGACAUGAAUGAAGAUCCAACAUAUAAUCCCAAUAGCCCUGAAGAGAAAGCUGUAUUUAUGAAAUACGCAGAAUAUAUCCUACUAAAGAUGACAUUCAGCACCACACAAGUUCAACAGUGUGAAAAUGUUUUUAUAUUUGAAACAGCCUAUUGGCUUACUAAUGCUAUAAAAUGUAAUCAGGAUAAUCUUGAUAUUUGUACCUACCAGAGAUUACAUCAAAGGUUAUAUCUUCAAAAAAAGAUUAUUCAAAAACACUUGGAGAAGAAAAAAGAAAUCAGGAAAGGGAUAGGAUACCUAAAAUUAAUAUGUUUUCUGACUCCAUUUCUACUGAGCUUAAAAAAGAAGAUGAAAGUUCCAUAUUUAAGUGGUCUGCUUCAGCCUUUUUCAGAUGACAAGGUCAAGACAGAGCGAGAAUUGCCUCCAUUCAUUUAUGGACGAGAUUUUAAAUGCCAAAAUUUUCACUACAAAGAGGAUCAGUAUUUUCAUGUUCAUGGAGGAAUUGAAUUUGAUAUCAGCACCCCUUCAAUUGAGAAUGCUUUGGAAGAUUUUAAGAAUAACUUAGAAAAAAUACGGGAUUGUGCUGUUAAUACAUUUGCAGAAGACUCAGGAUACAAAGAACAUUACUCAAUACCAGUCGUGAAAUUUAAUGGAAAAAGCUACUAUGUGAUCAGUUUUGAACUUGAAAUUUUCUAUCAGCAACUGUAUAAGACACAGUGGUGGGGAGCCAUAAAUGAAAUAGUGAACAAUUUGAGGCUAAAAAGACUUCCACUGACAGAUGCUCAAUUACAUGAACAAUUUAAGAAAAAAUUUGGUUUCAAGAAAGCUAUGAAAUGCAAGAGUAUCCCAUUUGGUAUGAAGUCUGCUGUUGAAAGAGGAUUGUAUGCUGUUUUCCAUACAUUCAGCCGUAAAACCUCAAGCUCGACGAUCAAUAUUUCGGACGAGGCAGGUUACGCUAUUUUCCAUCACGCUGCUCUCCACAACAGAGUCCCGAUCGUAUGUCAGCUGUGCAACGCCAACUUCAACGUCAAUCAGAGACGUUUCAUUACACUUAGCCAAGAGUCAUCAAAAGUAGACAUGAAAAAAGAAAGAAAUGGUCCAACACCUCUACACCUGGCAGCACAGGCUUGCUCCUUAGAAACAACCAUCUGUCUACUCUGUUUCAAAGCUGAUUAUACACUUUCUGAAAAAAGAGGCUGGAUGCCAAUUCACUUUGCUGCUUUCUAUGACAAUAUCUGCAUCAUAAUUGUUCUCUGCAGGAAGGAUCCUAGUUUACUAGAAGCUGAGACAACAGCUGAGAAUCAGUGUACCCCACUGCUUCUUGCUGCCACAUCGGGAGCCCUGGACUCUAUUCAAUACCUGCUUUCUCUUGGUGCUAACUGGAGAAAAACAGAUAUUAAAGGAAAUAACAUCAUUCAUUUAUCAGUGCUAACCUUUCACACAGAGGUGCUCAAGCAUAUAAUAGAGUUAAAUAUUCCUGAACUCCCAGUUUGGAAAACAUUGGUAGAAAUGUUGCAGUGCGAAAGCUAUAAGCGAAGGAUGAUGGCCGUCAUGUCUUUAGAAGUAAUCUGCUUAGCAAAUGAUGAAUACUGGAAAUGUAUUUUGGAUGCAGGCACCAUUCCUGCAUUAAUCAAUCUAUUAAAAGGCUCCAAAAUAAAAUUACAGUGCAAAACAGUUGGGUUAUUGAGUAAUAUCUCAACCCACCCAAGUAUAGUGCAUGCUUUGGUAGAGGCGGGAGCCAUUCCAGCUUUGAUUAACCUACUGGUUUCUGAGGAACCUGAACUACACUCUCGCUGCGCUGUCAUUCUAUAUGAUAUCGCUCAACUUGAAAACAAGGAUGUUGUUGCCAAACACAAUGGAAUCCCAGCUCUGAUAAAUCUCUUAAACUUAGACAUAGAAAGCGUGCUAGUAAAUGUGAUGAACUGUGUGCGGGUCUUAUGUAUGGGAAACAAAAAUAACCAAAGAGCAGUGAGAGACCAUAAAGGCAUCCCAUACCUUAUUUCAUUUCUGAGUUCUGACUCAGAUGUGUUGACAGCUGUAUCUUCUGUUACAAUUGCUGAGGUCGCUCGUGACAAUAAGGAAGUUCAGGAUGCUAUGGCUCUGGAAGGAGCCAUUCCUCCUCUGGUGGCUCUGUUUAAAGGAAAGCAGCUUAGUGUCCAAGUGAAGGGUGCAAUGGCCGUGGAAGCACUGGCAAGUUACAACCCUGCUAUCCAGAGAGCGUUUCUAGAAAAAUCAUUGAGUAAAUAUCUUUUAAAACUUCUCAAGGCGUUUCAAAUAGAUGUUAAGGAACAAGGAGCUGUAGCACUUUGGGCCUUGGCAGGACAAACACUGAAACAACAAAAGUAUAUGGCAGAACAGAUUGGAUACAACUUUAUCAUAAAUAUGCUUUUGUCACCAUCAGCUAAAAUGCAGUAUGUUGGAGGUGAAGCCGUCAUAGCUCUAAGUAAGGACAGCAAGAUGCACCAAAAUCAAAUAUGUGAAGGGAAUGGGAUCGCACCACUGGUCCGCUUACUAAGGAUUAGUAAAAUAGCCGAUGGCACGCUGCUGAGCGUCAUCAAAGCAGUGGGGUCCAUCUGUAUUGGUGUCGCUCAUACAAGCAAUCCCAUUAGUCAACAAUUUGUUGUAGAUGAAAAUGCCUUUCCAGUACUUAUUCAACUACUGAGAAGUCACCCGUCUCCUAAUAUUAAGGUUGAAGUGGCAGUUUCCUUGGCAUGCAUUGUCCUAAGGAAUGAUCUCUUACAGAAGGAAUUACAAGAAAAUGAAGGAUUUGAUUAUGCUGAUGUCCUUUAUCUUCUUCACUCAGAAGAUAAGGAUAUUUGUUUACGAGCAGGCUAUGCAUUAACCCUUUUUGCCUUCAAUAAUCGCUUUCAACAAUACUUAAUAUUGGAAAAUGGAAAAAUGAGCAUAUCAAUUUUUGAACCUUUCCUUGAAUCAACAAUUGAAAUUGAGAAGGCAAUGGCAGCAUUUCAGAUUAUUGUAUUAGCUAAAGUCAUUAUAGAUGUGGACCACAUUACUUUGACUGCAAGAGGUGUUACUAUUUUAGUUGACAGUCUAUAUUCAGCUGAUUCCACUACUAUUGUCUUGACAGGGAACUUAAUUGCUACCUUGGCUCAUUCUAGAGCUGGUAUUCCAGAAGCAUUUACCACAUUAGGGACAAUCCAACAGCUCUGCUAUCAUUUGUACUCAGGACAAGAAGAGGUUCGCAUGGCUUGCUCCAGUGCUCUUGGUUACUUAACUUACAAUGCAAAUGCUUUCCGACUCUUAUUAAAGGAAUGCAGGAAUAAGCCUAAUCAGUUCCUUCGUAUAACAAAUAAUAUCAGCAGAGAUGCAAGUAUAAACCCAGCAUUUUUAAAGGAAUUUAAAAUGCAACAAAAAGUGGGACUUCCUUCCCUAAGUCUGGAGAAAAAUGGAGGACCAUCCAUAAUUCCUGUCUUUAAGAAAGGGAAAGAGCACCGAAGAAAAUUAAAACACAAAAUUCAACCAAGAGAUUCUUUGACUUUUAUACCUCCUGUAACUAACUUCAUGGGACUCUUCAAAACAACAAAAAAGACUACUGUUUCUCAUAAUAUUUUUUCCUUUUCAUCUGCAAUUUCAUCAGAUAUCAUAACGGUAUCAAGACCAAGAAUAGUGCUUUUGAACCAACUUGGGAAACAUGUACAGAAAGCUAAUCCAGAGCCUGGAGAAGGCUAAUAAAAGCAUUUUAGUGUGAAAGUAUUCCUGAGCAAUCUUGUAAAAUUUUUCAUUUUCAAUUAUGCUAAAAUACACAUAACUGAAUAAUCUUUUUGAAUUGCAAAUUCUUGAUAUUGAUGUUUAACAAAAUUUCCUUAGCAUGUCUACUGGAAUUUAACAUCAGGUCUGAUAUAUGGCUUCAAAACUUAAGUAGCAUUUUCUAAAAUAGAAUGCCUGCACCUAAAACCAUUAAGCA